GAAGCUUUGCGUUAUUAACACUCACAAAGGCCUGUUUUGUUACAAUAGGCUUCCGUUCGGCAUUUCCUCCGCCCCAGCAAUUUUUCAAAGAAAAAUUGAUACAAUACUGUCUGGCUUACCGGGCGUUCAGGCUUACUUGGAUGACGUGCUAGUCUCGGAAAGCUUUGAAGAUUGCGGAGCACGGUUGCGAAGUGUGUUGGAACGGUUCAGAGAACACGGCGUGAAGCUCAGAUACGAUAAGUGUAAAUUUAGCCAGCCAUCUGUCGCUUAUCUGGGUCAUCGUAUUGACCGAGCCGGCCUUCACCCAACUGAGAAGAACGUAGAUGCUAUCAUGAAUGCACCUAGUCCCGAAAACCUAAGCGAGCUGCGUUCAUUCCUUGGGAUGAUCUCAUUCUAUUCAAAGUUCUUGCCGAAUAUGUCGGACACCUUGUUUCCAUUGUACCAGUUGUUAGAAAAAAAAGCGCGGUGGCAGUGGAAGUCCGAACAGGAAUCCGCAUUUCGCAAGGCAAAGCAGUGUCUUAAGGACGCCGAGGUCCUUGUGCAUUUUGAUCCAUCGAGGCAACUGAAGUUGGAAUGCGACGCAUCCGCUCGUGGGAUAGGCGCUGUUCUUUUUCACACAAUUGGAAGCACCAACAGACCAGUCGGGUUCCGUUCAAGAACCCUGACAAAAGCCGAAAGAAAUUAUUCUCAAUUAGAGCGUGAAGCACUGGCACUUGUUUUUGGAGUGACUAAAUUCCGGGAUUAUCUUUUAGGUCGAGAGUUCAUCCUGGUUACCGACCACCAGCCACUUUAGGACUGCUGAGGCCCGACCGCCAGACGCCUGCCAUGGCCGCAGCUCGCAUCCAACGCUGGGCCCUCUACCUGGGAGGCUACCGUUACAAGCUCGAAUAUGCUCCAGGACGGCUGCUAUUGAAUGCGGAUGCACUGAGCAGACUACCGUUGCGGUGCCCCAAUUCCGUUACGGAACCUGACCCUGAAGAGAGGACUCCCCAGAAAACCGGAAAGUCGCCAUCGGAAAUGCUGUUGGGGUACCAGAUACGAUCGCGCCUGGACGCCUGUUUCCCGGCGUCGACUGUGACUAAUUCUAAAGGCAACGACGAGUGGUUGCCUCCAAUUGACUGCGGUGUACAUGUCCGCAACUACGGGUCAAAUGGUAAAUGGAUACCAGGACGGGUAACAGCGACAGCGGGAGGACGGAUGGUCACAGUGGAGACUCCUCAAGCAAUCGUGCGGCGUCACAUCGAUCAAGUGCGUGCCCGUACUGGAUCUUCUCAAGAUGAACCACCGGGCACCGACCCAGACACGUUCAGCAGUGACAUUACACCGAGCGCACCGCCAUUCUGCCAACAGCCAUCCGCAAGCCCCGACGAGGCGAGGGAAUCUUCACCCCCAGAAGCGUUUCCAGACGUGGCCCACCAGGGACCUCUUCCAAGACUCGUGGCAUCCGGGGCCGACGAACUAACCACACAACCUCUUCGACGCUCCACAAGAUCACGCAAGCCAGUGCAGCGUUUUUAAGAGGGAAGAAGUGUUGUAAAUGCGGUAUCAAACCACCGCGUCAUGUGCGCGCUGUGAAUGCGCAUGCGCGACGUUGUUUUCUCUGUUCACUCGACAGAUGCCCCCCUUUCCCCUUUUGCUUUAUAUAUGCGUGCAAUAAACGCUUGUGGCUGUUCUCGGCCAAACACUU